UCCAUCAUCCACCCCUGAUAGCUCAGCCAGCUCCAAGCAGAGGGCAGUUCUACCAGAUGCCACUGAAGGUGAUCUUACUAAAGGCAGGGUGGUCUCUCUCUCUCAUCCACUGGGGCCCAAGAGAAGAGACCAGGGCUGGCCCCACUCACUGGGGCAGCUUGGGCCAGCCAUCUCCAGCAGAGAGCGCUGAUCCUAACUCCAAUGCUUCCCUUCGCAGGUCUCAGAGCUCUGCAAACACUUCCUGGACAUUCAAAGCCGACUGCUAUCCUCCACCUAAGCCACGGCUGGGGCUUCAAGAUGUUAGAGACCUAGGGAAGGGACCAUCUGACUCAACAACUCUCACCCUUUAUACAAAUGAGAAAACCUGAAGUCCAAACACGGACAAGGCUUGUCCAAAUCACAACCCAAGUAGGCGAUACAGGCAGGACCGGAUCCCAGCCCCUGACACGCAGGGCGAGUCCUCACCCAUCAUCAAUUCUUACACACGCAGCCUUGCACGGUGGCUCUUGAGCAGGGGGUGGGGCCAGGAUGAGACAGACACAUACCACUCUGUUUAUCCCCUCUCCUUCCUCCCUUAACUCAGUUGCUCUAGCCUCCCAAGGUUAGUAGGUGUUAAUCUGGGGGCCUCUGGGUUCUACCUUAUCAGGUGUCAGCAACAGAAACAUGAGAGCCCAGAGCUUCCUCCUCCUGGUGGCCCUCCUGGGUUUGGGGAGCCAGUUACCUGCUGCCUUGGGCAGGAGGAAGGGAGAGAAGUCUGGGGGCUGCCCACCGGAUGACGGGCCCUGCCUCCUCUCGGUGCCUGAUCAGUGUCUGCAUGACGGCCAGUGUCCCUCAGGGAUGAAGUGCUGUCGCCAAGGCUGCUUCCUCCAGUGUGUCCGGAAGGUCUCAGUUAAGAUGGGCAGAUGCCCCGAGGACCGUCUGCGCUGCGUUAGCCCCGUGCAGCACCUGUGCUCCAAGGACUCGGACUGCCAGGGCCGCAAGCGGUGCUGCCUGGGUGCCUGCGGCCGGGACUGCAGAAACCCUGUCUGAGGCUAAUUCUGGCUUAGGAUCCAUAACUCUGAACCUCGGGAUGGGGUUCUCUGCAGGAAGAUAUGAAGAUGGGUGGGGUCUGGGACACAGCAACCCAGAGAGAAGCCCCUCUGCCAGUGGAAAUUCCAACCUUUUAAUAAACACUGUUCUAGAAGAAUUUUCCAAACAUCAAUCUGUUCACAAUGUUCGCCAUACCUGCAAAAUAGCAUCAUAAUAUUUUGUGUAUUGCCUGUACUCCUAUUGACCUAAUGUUUUUCUUCCAAGGG